AUGUGUGAACCCGAAAAAACAGGUCCUAAAUGGCCCGAAGAGCUCGCAGAGACAAGCAUAGCCGCAGAACUCGCACCAAAACGCGAUAGAAUGAGAUUUAUCUUGCUCGUUGUUGUUCUCUUCGUCUCCAUCUUCUUGACAUUUCUCGAGCCCGCAAUUGUCGCCACUCUCGUUUCUCAUAUUUCAAUAGAAUUCCAAGACACUAAACAUUCCGGAUGGUACGACUCUGUCUAUAUCUUGACAUUCGCUAGUCUUCAGCCCAGCUGGGGAAAAAUCUACCGCUAUUUCUUUCUAAAGCCUGCUUUUCUCGUCUCUCUCCUCAUUCUCGGGCUCGGUUCCAUUAUCUGCGGUACUGCAUCUAAUUCAACAAUCUUCAUUGCAGGACGUGCAAUUUCCGGGAUAGCUGGAGGUGGAAUCACAACCGGUGCUUAUAGUAUCAUUGGACAUUCCAUAAAAAAUGAACGCGGACGCCCAUUUUAUGUUGGUAUCCUUGGUGCAGCGUACGGCAUGUCUAACAUUGUCGGUGCAUAUAUCGGGAAAGUUUUCCUUGGUCCGGCGUCCUGGAGAUGGACGUUCUCUGCCAACAUUACAAUUGGAAGUUUAUGUUUUAUUGCUAUGAUGUUUUCUUUCAAAACAGUCCCUACGGUUAACCUGCCGUCUACAUCCAGAAGCGAGAAGCUGCUCCUACUUGAUCUUCCAGGGCUUGUAACAGUGUGGCCUGCGAUGACAUGCUAUAUUCUUUCGAUGCGAUUGAGAACGUCAAAUGCUCCAUGGGGCAGCGCAUCAGCUACCGUUACACAUUUAGCCUUUGGAGUCCUUUUGGCUAUAUUCUUCCUUGCUGAAUGGUGGAGUGGUACAUAUGCAAACAUCAGGCUCCGUCUUUUCGCUGCCCGUGAUACUGCUUCAUGCACUGCCUUUGCUUUUUUUCUUGCCGGAACUUUCUCUAUGCAUCUAUAUAAUUUGCCGGUAUAUUUUCAGUCCAUCGGUGAAGUGUCAAUAUCAGAUUCUAAGAUCCGUAUAAUACCCUUUAUGAUUGGCAUAUCGUCUGCCUCAAUCAUUUCAGGCUAUUUGAUUAGGAGGUUCGGUUACUAUACACCAAUGAUGGUUUUCGGGACAAGUCUUACUAUCAUAGGCAGUGGCCUCAUCUAUACGCUAGAUGCCGCCUCAACAAACUACCAAUGGGCCGCAUACCAAAUUAUUACGGGAAUUGGGAUCGGUGCUGCCCACCAGGUGCCCAUUAUUGUGAAUAUGACUUCCGUCAAAAGCGAAGAUAUAUCAACAAUUACGGCCUCAACAUUGUUUCUACAGUCUCUCGGGGUAUUCCUCUUCAACCAGGUGUCGGAUGUUACCUUUAUGGGUACUUUGUUACGGAAAAUUGCAACUACAAACCCCGAACUCAACAUAACCACUGUCCUUCAGACCCAAGCUGCGAAUCUACGUGAUGAAUUCACUGGGGUAAACUUGGCCAGUGUCCUGACUGGAUACAAGAGUGGGAUAAGAGGGGUAUCUAUUGUUGGUAUUAUUGUGGCUGGGAUAACCCUGAUUCUUUCUAUUUGCCCACAAUGGAGAAAAUUGGGGGAAACCAGCUGA